GUAAAGAAUCAAGUUUUUCCUUUCAAGUUUUUAGCCAACUAUUAUUAUUACAAUGCCAUACAAGCAAGGUUUGUCCUAAAAUAAUUUGUGAAAAGCGAACUCACGUAUUUUAUGACACUGCUUUUUAGAAUUUAUCACAUACGUAUCUGAUUGUUUUCGUAAAAGACAAACCGUACAAUUAUCAGAUGUCAUCGAGAAAGAUUUUAUAGUUUCAGAAUCUCAGAGGGUCUUGGUAGUGGAAGAUCUGCAAAGAAUGUGGAAAUCAAGACUCAAGACUUGUUAUGAUUUAUGCUUGGAAAAGUUUCAAUCUACCGACAUCCCUAGUGUAAGCCAAUUGACGCGUAAUCCGUAUUUACCGUAUUCUCAUUUCGUUCCCAAUAGCUCGACCUUAAUGUUAGUGAACAAACGUGGGCCUCAACAUUUUCACUGGUUGUACAGAAUCCAAGACGAGAUGAAUCAAACCAUAUCAAGUUCCGGAAGAUUGGCAACAAUCUCAGCUCUGUACAGACAAUCAAACGGUAGUUAUGGAGAAGGUCUACUUGGUGCAUCUUCAACUCAUCAAAAUAAAAAACAAAAGACAAGACAAAACCUCGAUAGCUUGUUCUCAAAUACCCAAACAACACCUAUAAAUGUUUCGCACGAUGAUUUCAGGGUUGCAGUCUUCAAGGCAGGAUAUAAUCUGUUGAAAAAUCAAUUCACUCUAUCAACUGCUCAAGAAUUGAAUAUGAUGGUCAAUGAAUUAAGCCCUAGUUCAUUUGGUGAACAUAUGGAUCAUUUAGCACACCAUCUCAUCACAACUGAACGAAGUAGAGAAUCGGAAAAUGCCCUAAAAUUAGCUCUGAGUCGUAUACUUUAUAUGGUUGGUGGCACCACAUCUCUUACACAACAACAGUACUUUAAAAGUCGACAACUGGAUCAUUUUCUUAAACAGGCACUUGAUUGUAAACCCAAAUUGGAUCCUGGUUUUGAUGAUACCAUGAGUGAAAUCUACAAAACAUUUCUCACAAAAGUGGAUGCUUCUCCAAAGGAGGUCAGGAUAUUUCUAAUGAAACAACGAAUGGAGGUCCUUACUGAAAACAAUGAAGAUAAUGAUUUGAUGAAAAUGCUGGACAUCCUGGAUUAUUUAGUUGCUGAUGCUGCUCCACUCCCGGAUAGUAAAUCUAGUGAAUUGACUUGGUACCGUAAAACUGCGCAUAUUCUUGAUAUUCUUUUUAGAAAAUCAUUUAUAUCUGUCGUAUUUGAGGCACGAUGGCAAUAUUAUAUGAGUAAAUUACUCAAAACGUCUAACGAAAUGUAAAAUAAAACUUGAUCUCAGAUAUGAGUACUGCUCAUAUCUUCG